GGUGUCAGCAGCACGGAGGUGCAGGGUGUUGUCGAGGGUGCGGGGCCGGGCGCUGCCAGCGGCGCGCUCCGCCCCGGGGCUCCGGACCCUGCUCUGGGCCAGGCCCUGGCUCCGGCCCCCGUCCCGGCCCAGGCCUCGCAGUUUACUCUGCUGGUGAUGCACCCCUGCGGAGGGCAGGACGACUCUGCGGCCGAGGGCGUCCUGAGGCAAGCUCCGGCCCUGGGGGACGGCGCCGGUGCAGGCAAGUCCAUUAGGUACCUGUGCGAAGUGGCGGGGACUGGCGAGGAGGAGGCAGGGGAGGACGAAGCCGACCUGCUGGACACUUCCGACGCCCCAGGAGGAGGCGAAAGCACCGCUAGUUUGGAGGAUCUGGAGGAUGAGGAGACCCACUCUGGCGGCGAGGGUGGCAGCGGGGGAGCCCGGAGACGGAGCAGCGGCGGGGGCAGCAUGAGCAAGACCUGCACCUUCGAGGGCUGCAGCGAGACCACGAGCCAGGUGGCCAAGCAACGGAAGCCUUGGAUGUGCAAGAAACACCGCAACAAGAUGUAUAAGGACAAAUACAAAAAGAAGAAAAGUGACCAGGCCCUUAACUGUAGUGGGUCCGCCCAGCCUGGCAGCACGGGAAACGUCAGACUGGAGGAAAGUACAGAUAACAUACUCUCCAUUGUUAAACAAAGAACAGGAACCUUUGGGGAUCGUCCUGCAAGACCUACUCUUUUAGAACAAGUGUUAAAUCAAAAAAGACUGUCAUUACUAAGAAGUCCAGAAGUGGUGCAGUUUUUACAGAAACAGCAACAACUAUUAAAUCAGCAAGUUUUGGAGCAAAGACAGCAGCAGUUUCCAGGAACAUCAGUGUGAAGGAAUUUACCAAGAAGAUCCACAUGUUUUUUUAUUUUGUUGUAGAAGAUGGACAUAUUUUUAUACUAAAGAUAAAUGGGAUUAGAUACGCCAGUAAAACAUAAACAGUCAUUUUCCUGUAAAUAUAUGUGUGCAUUUUGGGAUAAGUAAGUAUUGCCCUUUGUGCAUCUAAUCCUUUCAGAUUACCAUGAAUUUGGAGAAACAGCUUAUCUUUCCAAAAUAACAUUAAAUUACGAUUUUUUUUUUUAAACAAAGUAUUCCUCUUCAGUCAUUGUUACUGAAGGUAAUGAAGCAGUUACUUUCUGUGGAAGUCACAAAGCUAAUAGAUACUAAUUUUUGAUCAUUUAGUUCAGUGGUCUUAUCAAGGGGCAGUCAGAAAUGGAUGGAUAUGUUUUUAAUUGUCACAAUGAUCUUAAAAACUCCUGGUAUUUAGUGAAUGGGUCAGGAAUCCUAAAUGUUCUACAGUGUCUGGAAUGGCCUUUCACAAUAAUUAUCUCACCCACAAUGUCAGUAAUCCUCCUUUUAAGAAACACUGAUAGUUGUGAUACUACUUGUGAUGAUAAAAUGUCGUUGGAGCACCUAAAA